AUGGGAGGCGGAACUCCAGGACUUCUGGUUGAGGGCGCACCCACCAGCGAAAUUGCAAACGAGCCAGAGCUAGAGCUCUCGGAACAAUUAAAUGCAGAAAUCCGCCACAGCUAUAUCAAAGAUAAAAAGCUAGGAGAGGGUACCUAUGCCAUUGUGUACCUUGGUCAUCUUCGUAGUGACCCAACAUCUCUCGUUGCAAUUAAAAAAAUAAAAGUCAAUACCGAAUAUAAGGAUGGUUUGUCAAUGGAUGCGAUCCGUGAAGUAAAAUAUCUCCAAGAACUCUCACACCCGAAUGUGAUUGCGCUCCAUGCAGUUUUCUCGUCUAAAGAUCGAAACUUGAAUCUGGUCCUGGAAUACUUGCCACUUGGCGAUUUGGAAAUGCUGAUCAAGGAUAGUACUAUUCAGUAUGGCGCUGCCGAUAUAAAAGCUUGGAUUGGCAUGUUGAGUCGCGGGGUCUGGUUCUGUCAUGAAAAUUUUGUUCUGCACAGGGACAUCAAACCCAACAAUCUAUUGAUCGCAUCGGACGGUGAAGUCAAACUCGCUGAUUUUGGACUUGCCAGAUCAUUCGCAGAUCCUCGUCUAAACAUGACUCACCAGGUGAUCACACGCUGGUACAGACCCCUAGAACUCCUUUAUGGUGCCCGUCAGUACUCUGGAGCGGUGGAUGUAUGGUCCAUGGGAAUGGUUUUCGCAGAAUUACUACUCCGAGUUCCUUUUGCCGCGGGGAAUACAGACCUGGAUCAAAUAUCCAAAAUAUGCGCUGCGUUUGGCACACCAACCGAAGAAAAUUGGCCUGGAGUGACCAAACUUCCCAACUUUGUUCCAGUCGAAGAGAGUCAAAUCAUACCCCUGCAAGGGAAAGAUUUCUUUCUUCGCCAGUUUCCAACCGUAGGAUCCCUUGGAGCAGAUUUGUUGGCAUCAAUGUUAAAACUUGAUCCCCGGAAACGAAGCACCGUGAAGCAAAUUCUCCAGCACGCAUGGUGGGCCGCGGAACCUAAACCAACUCAGAAAGAAAAUCUUCCUCGCAAAAGCGGCGGUGCGAAGAAAAUGGGCGAUGAUCUAAGUCGAAAGGGAGGUGAAAUUGGCAAACCCUUCCAGAAUGCGGCCCGCCGACUUGAUUUUGGAGGACUUCUACAUAAGUAA